AUGGAGCCACUGAACCUCAAGGUAUUAGACAAGCCCAGCCAGCCGGGGUGGACUGGCCCCACGAUGGCUCCCAGUGCAGCCUGCUUGCUCUGGGCUGCACUCUUUUCUGCUGGCUGUCAAUUCAUCAUCUCCUUGGAUCAGAUGUGCACUGAGAAAGAAGUCAACAAAACAUAUAACUGUGCAUAUUUAGGUCUUAGGGAAAUUCCUGAUACUCUACCAAACACAACAGAAGUUCUGGAUUUCAGCUUUAAUUUCUUGCCUGCAAUCCAAAAUACAACCUUCUGCAGACUCCUUCAGCUUAUGCAUUUGGAUUUAAGCAGGUGCCAAGUGAACUGGUUACAUGAAGCCACUUUUCAAAGCCAUUACCAGCUGAGCACUAUUGUACUGACCGGAAAUCCUCUGAUAUUCAUGGCAGAAACAUCACUCAAUGGGCCCACAUGUCUGAAGAAUCUUUUCUUAAUCCAAACAGGAAUAUCCAAUCUUGAAUUUAUUCCAGUGCACAAUCUGGAAAAUUUGGAAAGCUUGUAUGUUGGAAGCAAUCACUUGACCUCCAUCCAGCUUCCCACAGACUUUCCAACACGGAAUCUGAAACUUCUGGAUUUUCAGAAUAAUGCUAUCCACUACCUCACUAGAAAAGACAUGGACUCUCUGAAGCAGGCCACCAACCUAAGCCUUAACCUCAAUGGCAAUGACAUUAAAGGCAUUGAGCCUGGAGCUUUCCAUUCAAAAUUCUUCCAGAAUGUGAACUUCGGAGGGACUUUUGACGUGUCUGUUAUAUUUAAGGGGCUGCAGAACUCCACUAUUCAAUCUCUCUGGCUUGGGACAUUUGAGGACCUGGACGAUGAAGACAUUACUUUGGCCAUGCUCCAGGGACUUUGUGAAAUGUCCGUGGAGAGCAUCAACUUCCAAAAGCACCACUUCUCUGACGUCUCACCUGCCACGUUUCAGUGCUUCACCCGGCUUCACGAACUGGACUUGACGGCGGCUCACUUGAAAGAGCUACCCCCCGGGAUCGAGGGGAUGAACUCACUGAAGAAAUUAGUGCUCAAUGCCAAUAGCUUUGACCAAUUGUGUCACAUCAAUGCUGCCAGUUUCCCCUCUCUUACACACCUCUCCAUCAAAGGCAACCUGAAGGCGCUUGACUUUGGUGCUCGCUGCUUGGAAAGACUACAGCGCCUGCAGACGCUGGACUUAAGUCACAAUGACAUAGCAGCUUCCGACUGCUGCAACCUGCAGCUCCAGGGCUUGCCUGGCCUGCAAUGGCUAAACCUCAGCUACAAUAAGCCCCUUGGACUCCAGAGUGGGGCUUUUACGGAAAGUCCUCACCUUGAACUCCUGGACUUGGCAUUUACCCCUUUGCAUGUCAAUGGUCCACAAAGUCCCUUCCAAAACCUCCCUUCCCUGCAGGUCCUCAAUCUAUCCUAUUGUCACCUUGAUACCAACAAUCCACAUCUUCUAGCCGGCCUGCCAAGUCUCCGGUAUCUGAACUUACAGGGAAAUCGCUUUAAAGAUGAUCGUGUCCCAAAGACCAACUUGCUUCAGACAGUGGGCAGCUUGGAGAUUCUGAUUUUAACCUCUUGUCAUCUCCUCUCCAUAGACCCGCAAGCAUUCCACGGCCUUGAAAAGAUACUCCAUGUAGACUUAAGCUCCAACAGCCUAUCAGGCAAUAGCAUUAGUGCUCUUAGAGAUCUUAAAGGGCUCUACCUCAAUCUGGCUGCCAACAGCAUUAGCAUCAUUUCCCUCCAGGACCUUCCCACUUUGUCCCAGCAGAGCACUAUUAAUUUAAGUCACAAUCCCCUGGACUGCACUUGUUCUAACAUCCAUUUCUUAACCUGGUUCCAAGACAACCUGCAGAAGCUGGAGGCCUGGGAGGAGACCGUGUGUGCCGUGCCCCCACCUUUAAGGGGAAUGAAACUGUCCGCGGUCCAGCUGUCCUGCGGGCUGACAGCGGUGGGUAUUUUCUUUCUCAUUGUCCUUUUGUUCUUGUUCCUCAUCCUGCUCAUCUUUGCGGUUAAAUUCUGUCUUCGCUGGAAAUACCAACACAUUUAG